AUGCAUGAGCAUAUCGUAAAAAGUUUCCUCACGCCGUUCGACGAUGGUUUCCUUCUUGCAAUGAGCGCUGUAGAACGCCCAUUGCAACCUGUGAGCCUCCCCACGAGCCAGCUCCAGAUCUACAUCCAAUUUGAAGACUUGAAUUUCCGUGCGAAGUACUUCAACUUCGCCUAUGCUUUGGAUACGUUUUUCGUAGUUGCCAUUAUUAUAAUAAAUAUUACAAUGAUGAUUACACUCAAAAGAAAAUAUCGACUGCGGAAAUCUGCCUCAUACUGUGCUUCCUUAAAUCAGAAGGUGUUGUCGGAAAAGCAGCGUCAGGAGAACAAUCUCACAAUCGUCUCAGUUGUCACGUGUGCUAUUGAAAUAGCAUAUUACUUAUAUAUUUUGUAUGCUUUUCUCAUUCAACCCCACCUGAAUACCAGGGUGUUCUACUUACUGUACAACGUCUUCAAUGACAUCUAUGCCGGCGCCUCAGCUUGGUUGAUUCUAUCGUUCUCAACGACACUGCAGCAGCACCUCCGCAAUCAGUUGAGAUGUGCGCCAUUGAGCCGACUACAGCACCAUGUUACCAUCAAAAUUCCAAUGUCAUCUGCAUCUCACUUGACGUUACGACGACCAACUGAGCGUUCGUCUUUCAUCAACUCCUAG